CGGAUUAUGCGCGCUGCUGCGAACUAGGCGACAACGACGACUGAACAAUAAACCAACCGGCGCAGAACCGAGUGAGCAGCUUGUCGAAGAAUUGGUCAGAUUCACCGCUCGCCUGCUGGUCUACCUACCUAUCUACUUUCCACCUUUUCGACGAGUUGCACUUGAUCCGUCUAUUCGUCGGCCUUCAACGGGGGUGGAUAGAAAGACACAAGUUCGCAGAGGCGACUAGACGUACGAGCAGCAGCAACACAGACCAUGGUGUCGACGGCGGGAGGCAUCGUCAUUGCGAUUGUGGUGAUUCUGGUCGUCGCGGCGGCUGGAUGGGUCGUAUUCACGCAGCUGCGCGCGCGGAGACUGGGGCUUCCACCACCGAGUCUCUCGUCGUAUCUGCCCUGGCACAAAGCAGACACGCCCUACGGACCGCCACGACCGGCGCGCGGCGGCAUCGUCGGCUGGUUCAACGACGUGGUGCGCAAGUUUAAGCACCGCAACGACCGAUCGGCCGCGGGCGCCUACGAGCAGUCGUCGCACGGCCCGCCGGGCAACCGCGGCUUUGGCCCGCUGGACCCGGACGACGCCUGGGACUCGCGCGUGGGCAACGAGGCUGAUGGAUACGGCUACUACGAGCAGGAGCUGGGCGGCCACACCGAGUACACGGGCGCCAGCUACGGCGGCGGCGGCGGCGGCAGGCUGGGCGCUCCAGGAGGGACGACGACGACGGCCCACGCGGCGUAUGACGAGGAUCUCGAGCGGGGGCGACGGCCGAGCAGAGAUGCGGGAGCGGCGACGGCGGCGGGCGUCGGAGCUGGGCGCGUGAACCCUUUCGAUGACGAUGCGCAGGCGAGCCUCAGGGGUGUCAGUCCGCGGCCCAUGGACGCGGCUUCGUACAGGCCCGGGGAUCGACCGGGCAGUGCUGGCAGCAGCCUUGCCGAUAGGAGGUCGAUGUUUAGGGAAAACAUCUGA